AUGUCCAAUGACACACAGAAGGCCGACCAGAUUGCACACCACUUGUACUCUAAGCUCGCCCUAGUCGUCAACCAUGCACGAGCCACCGCAGACCCUCCUCCCACCGCCAAGUUCGACAAAUGGUUCAACCUCGAGAUCCCGGACCCUGAACUCUUCAAGGAGCACACUCGUAUCUACCGCGCUAUCUCCUCAGCCCCCACCAUCCCUGUCUUCAGGCUCCAAGUCUUGCUAUCUAUCCCCGAGUUAGUCUCCAACCAGGUUCUCGUCCACCAUGCCCCGGACUCUUCUCGUGUCCGCAUCGAACCCGCUCCACGUUACAUCGUCCUCGAGACUUGGUCGCUCGACUUCACCCCUCACGGCCCCCAUUACGACCAUACCUCCGACGUCCAGCCCUCGACGAUGUACAAGUACAGCAUCACUCUCUUCCGCAGCAUAUACACGCUCCUCCACGUCCUUCCAGCUUGGAAGCUCUCCCGCCGUCUUCGAAGGCGAGUCGGUGGUAAUCGCAAUGGCAAUUUCAGCAUCCGCCUUCGGGUAGACGAUGUGGAUGCGAGCAUACACCGUGACCACAUCUUGGAUCUAGAUACACCCCUCUCAUUCUCGCCUUCUGCUCCGCCACUCGACUAUGAGCAGCAGACGCUGCCCCCCAUCACCCAUCCUGCGGGCGAAUUCUCCGUCACAGCCAGGUAUCUCACCGCGCCAGACUUCCAACUCGACACCGCGGAGUCAUUGCUUUCCGCCGACUUCCUUUCUCUCGAAGAGGGUCCGGAGUUCACGCCGACACUCGUCAGGAACCAGCAACGGGAGAGCCUAUCUGGCUCCCCGGGCAGCUUACCACUACGGACUUCCCUCCCUCGCUCUCCUCCCCGCUCUGUAGCAGAGCGCUUUGUUAUCCCUCCCCCAACCACCACGCACCAUGCACGGACGUCGUCAUUCUCCUCGUCACAAGCGCCGAGAGUCAGCCCGAACGGAAGCCCGAGAUUAGGCAACAUCCCUCUCCCCAUCUCGCGUAAUCUCUCCGGCGCCGGGAUGGGUACAUCUGGAGUGUCGGAUUCAUCGUCGUCGAGACAAGGCGCUUCUAUGGGCUCUCGGGAUGAAGUGUCGUCCCUUGCUGCUCGUAUGCGUCGCGAGAGUCUGCAGGGCCGUGGUGCGGACUCUCCAUUGGGCGUGCCGAUCCGUCGACAACCCUUGCCAACCGUGAACCCGUUCAAGUCGUCGACGAUCUCCUCUGGUUCGCCUUCACUCCAUUCUCCUUCGCCGUCGCUCCGCCAGUCAUCACCGCUCGCGGUUGGCACCGGCCCGUCCCUCCCAUCCCGCCCUGCCCAGUCGCCCACCUCGUCGCGCCUUCCGUCUUCUCCGACAACGGGAGGAGGUAACUUCGCGUCGUCGCCGGUCACACCAUUCCGGCCUUCGCCUCCCUUUGUCCCGUCCAAUCUUGGUUCGGGACGCCCGACAUCUGCGGAGUUCCCUUCUAUAAGUCCGACGGGACUGUCGAAUCCCUCACCAAGGAUGCAGGGGAAGCGUUAUUCGAGUAGCUUCGGGACGAAGUACACACCUGCCGGGGCACCAGGCGAAGCGAGCCCCAAGGGUAGUCCAAGGAAUACGCCAAAGGAUUUGGACAAGCCUCAAAGCACAUCCUUCAUGAGCAACCACACCGACGACGACGACAUCUCGGCCUUCGUCCAAGAUAUCGACGCUCGCAAGCCCCUCCCUUCUCGCCGAGACGAUUCACCCGGUGGAUCGGGCUCCUCCGCUUCACCAUCGCCUUCUGCGGCCGCAUUCCCUAGCAUGGGUUCCAGUCCGAGCUCCCUCCCGCGCCGCACGCCUCUUGGACCGGCGCUCCGCGAUCGCACGGUGUCGGCCUCAGGCAUGGAACCCGUGCUCACCACGGAAGACGCAGUCGACGAACGCCUUCGCGAGAUGAACGAGAACUUCUUCGCAAGCUUACAAGGACUUGGGUCGGGCUCCCGCAGACGGCCCGGGAUGCUAGCGAAGCAUCGAGCGGGACGACAGAGCGCGCAGACCAUCCGACGCCCGCCGCUGGGCAGCUUCGGCCCCGGACGCAGGGAGAGUCCGCUCGGCAGUGGGGGAAGCGGCGUGGCGGAACCAGACUCGGCGUCGGGCUCAGAGAUGGGCUCGGGGGUGGCCGGGCUAGGCAUUGGAGGCGUGCCGCUGCCUCUGCCGCGACAGUACGUGCGUGCGAGGGUACCGUCGACGGGCAGCGUUCGGAGCGGGUUUAGCGUCGCAUCGGAGGAGGUCAUUGGACGCAUGGAUCCUGAGGUGAGCGGGUCGGGCGAGCGAAGGGUGCCGAGGGGCCCGUGA